AUGUUAACUUUCAAACAACAUCAAAAUUCAACAAAACACAAAAUAAAACCACGAAAGAACAUUAUCGCUAAAUUAGCUGGGUCUAGCUGGAGCUGUAAUGCAAACACGUUGAGAACUUCAGCACUAUCCUUAGUGUUUAGUGUAGCUGAAUACUGCGCGCCAGUAUGGAUGAGGAGCAUUCACUGCAAAAAAAUUGACGUUUAACUAAAUGUGGUCAUAAGAACAAUUACAGGGACAGUCAAAAGCACUCCAACCAAAUGGCUACCUGUUCUUUCACAUAUUUACCCCCCAGAAGUUAGGAGACAAAGAGCUUCCCAAAGUACCAUCAAUAAAAUUAAAAGGAACAAUGACCUGCCAAUUUAUAACGAUACACCAUCCAACUAAACACCUUAAAUCCAGACACUCCAUAUGGAAAGAAGCCAAGACCGAAUUUGAUCCACAGGUUGAAUGGAAAAGGACAUGGCUAGAGUCUGAUGUAUGAAAUUCAUCUCUGAUCGAAGAUCCAACAGCAAAAAUACCCGGUUUUGAUUUACCAUGUAGCCUGAAGACCACCUUAAAUCACAUCAGAACCAAACAAGGAACAUGAAAUUACCUACUACACAAAUGGGGAAUGGCAGAAUUCUAUUUAUGUGGAUAUGGACAAGUGCAAACUGUCAGGCACAUAGUAAAUGAGUGUCCAAUAACAAAAUACACAGGAGGUUUUAAGGAAAUUCACUCAGCCAGUAAUGAUGCCAUCAAGUGGAUUGAAAAUUUAAAUGUGUGCCUGUUACCCAAUUCAAGCUUAAAUGGAGAGAGAAAGAGAAGAACCAUAAGUUACCAAUUUUGUUACCAAAUUUAUUUAUUUUUAUUUGUUUCAAUAAAUAUUUAUUUAUUAUUUUGUUUAUUUUACUGUAAUCUUUUAUUUUUACUAAUCUCAGUUUUAAUAUUUCACUAGUUUACUAGUCCUAUUCUUUAUUAACUGUUGUUAAAUUAUGUCUUAACUAUUUAUGUCGUAUGCUAAUAUAAUAUUACUAGUAUUUUUAUAAAUAUUUAUAAAAUAAUGGGUAAACACUGCUCAACAAAAGGAUGUGAGACUACAGCAAGACAAGGAACACAAAUUCACUAAUAUUGUUAAAUUUUAGAAAGAAAUCAAACUGAGGAAGUACUUUAGUCAGGUAAGUUUUUGAUUUUCUCAGGGGUUUCUCAAUAAAUGAAAAAAGACUUAAGAAAACAGAAAAAAUUAUACAUUUUAUGAUCUAGAUUACCAAAAAAUGAAGAACUUCGGUCAAAAUGGAUCACAUCAAUUUGUGACAAUGAUGCAACAUUUAAUAUAACCAAGGCUAUAUACGUUUGUGAACUGCAUUUUAGAAAUGAAGAUUUCCAUAUACCUUUUACUAGCAUUAAUAUAACUGUGCAAUUAAAACAAAAUGCAAUACCAUCUACGUUUAAUAAAAAUAGUAGGUUAAAGUAAUUAAUAAAUAAUAAACAAAAACAUUACAAUAUUUAAAAUACAAAGUCUUGAUGGUUUAUUGCAUUACAGAUCCUUUACCAUUAUUAACACCAUAAAAUGAUUCCAAAUUGGUCACGGUUGUUUCACUGAAUAACACAGCUCAACAAUUGGAUCAUGUAAAUUUUGAAGACAAUAGAAAUACACCAACUUAUUCAAAAAGUGUCACAAAUUAUGAUGAUUCAAAUUCUCUUGAAAAAGGUGUUUUAUUGACAGAUAAAGAUACAUUGAUGACUACACCGAGUUCAAUGUGCCCAUUCUUAUAUUACAAAUAUGGUAGGUAGGUAGAAAGGUCAUAGUAUUAGUAAUAACUAUUAUUUAUUACUUACAGAAAUCGAAAAGUCUAUUGGGGAGAUUUUGAAACAACGGAUGAUAUUGACACUCUAAAAGUUAAUUAAAAUACUGGAAUGCAUUACAAAAUCUUAAUAGAACAAAGAAAAAUAAUUAGUUAUUGCGCCUAGUAAAUGAAAAUUUAUUGAAGAAAAUCAAAGCUCUCAAUGAUUUGAUUAAUCAUCUAAAAAAUGAGAAGAAUAUUAUUUCUGACAAUUGUUUUUCGGUUAUUAAUGUUAAUGAAUUUACAUGUUUCAUGUUGUGGAAUUAAGAUUUAGAUUGUUUGGAAAUUAAAUUAUGAAAAUUGGUGUUUACAAUUUUAAAUAUUGACGUUGCAUUUUGACUGUAUCUCCCCCACCUAUAAAAUAUAUUAGGAAAAUUUAUUUGUUGUCGAGAGUGAACUUGUCAUGAAGCAACUUAAUAUGACUUCCAGUCAGAAAAUUACACCUGAAUUGCGUACAUUUGCAGUAACUCUUCAUUUUUAUUCAUCUGCAGCCUAUAAUUAUGAGAGAAAUUUGUUUAAUAAAACUUUGCCACAUUCCAGUACAAUGCGAAAAUGGUAUACUACCGUUGAUGGUACUCCAGGUUUUACUGAGAAAAGUUUGAAAGCUGUUGAACUUAAAGUCAAUGAAAUGAAGAAAAAAUGA